AGAUGCGAGAGGACGAGCCCGGGGGUUGCUGUGGGGGAGAUGCUGGGGGAACCGUGACUAGCUGGGAGGAUGCUGAGGGGACCGAACCAUCCCAGGCUCGUGGGGAGCAUCCCGGCAUGUCCAGCGCUGAGCUCCAUCUCUGCCUGCAGGGGCCCCAGGACUCUCUGCCUUGCUUCUCCUGCUUCUGCCCUGCUGGGCCCUGGCUGUUCUCUGUGCAGGUGCCAUGGCCCUGCAGCUCCCCAGCAUCACCACCCUGCGGAUGCCAGCAGAGGCCCCCUGUCCAGGUGAGAGUGUGACAGUGUCAUGUGAGGCGACAAGUGAGCUCCCAGAGCUGACGCUGCUCUACUGGCUGGCGAAUGGCUCCUUUGUGGAGAGCCUGUACCCAGAUGGGGCCGUCCAUGAGGGGAUAGUGCAAGAGGAGCUGUGGGGCUCGGGGGUGGCUCUGCUCCGUGACCUGCACUUCAGCUCCUUCGACACCCAGCACCUGCUCACCAACUUCACCUGCGUGGUGCUCAGCCCUCUCGGUGUCGACACCAGGGAGGUGCGGUGGCCCCCGCCAGCACCAGCCCCCUGUCACUGUCAAGACAGGGGGGCUGGGCUGAGACCAAGGAGCAACUCGUGA